AUGACGAAUACAUAUUUCAGAUGGUUAUCGCCGGAGACUCUGAAGUAUGGCAAAUUUUCUCCAAAAACAGACGUUUGGAGCUUUGGCAUAACAAUGUGGGAGAUCUAUUCAGGUGGACAGGAACCAUAUGGAAUGGUGCAGGACAACAGGGAAGUGCGACGUGGAGUGAUCGAGCAACGACUAAAGGUGUCGAUCCCGCAGGAUAUGCCAGCAAUGAUGCAGCCACUGAUGUUGAACUGUUUAGCGUACAAUCCAGACAGCCGUCCCACAUUUCACGACCUUAACAUGCAACUCUCUAGCUUCAAGGUAACGCCGGCCAAUGCAACGUUCUCCGGGAAGCUCAAGGAAUUUCUACACCUUUGA